AUGGAUGAAUCAUGGGAAAAAUGGUUUUCUGAUUUAGAAAUGGAUGAUGAUGAGUUGCGUUUGUUCAACGAACACGACGUGAACUCUCUUGAGGAAGAAUUGAUGAAGGGAGAGAGUUCAGUGCCUUAUGAUUCAGAUUUUGCUAUCAACAACAACAACAACAUGGAAAAUCUUUCAUGUUUGGAAACGAACACGAAUUCUAGUUCGGAGAAGAACCAUGAAUUUUCAUCCUGCACUCUCUCUUUCGAGAACUCCACUGUUGUGUCAAAUGAUGCUGAUGAAGCAUUCCAUGCGAAGCAAAAGAAAAGCACUUUUCAGACGCAGCUGCAUAUAAUGUCUGAGAGGAAGAGGAAGAGGAGAGAGAAAAUCAGCACUAUGAGGGAAAUGGGUGAUGAUGAGUUUCAUUUGUUCGUUGAACACGAGAUGAACUCUCUCGAGGAAGAAUUGAUGAAGGGAGAGAGUGGUUCAGGUUUUGGUAUCAACAAAAACAACAACAACAUGGGCGAUGGUUCGUGUUUGAAAAAGAACACACAACGUGCGAAUUCUGGUUCGGAGAAACAGGUAUUUUCAUCCUGCACUCUCGCUUUUGAAGACUCCACUGUGGUUUCAAAUGUUGCUGAUGCAGCAUUCCAUGCAAAGCCUGAAAAGAAAAGAAGCACUUUUCAGACGGAACAGCACAUCAUGGCUGAGAGGAAGAGGAGAGAGAAAAUCAGCACUAUGAUGAUAGAACUUUCAACCAUGCUUCCUGGUUUGAAAAAGUUGGACAAGAUAUCUAUCGUUGGAAAAACGAUCGAUUAUGUGAAACAUUUAGAGAAUCGUGUAAAUGAUUUGCAAGAACAGAAACGUAAGACAGAAUCUGUAAAGUGCUGCAAAAACAAGGGAUCCAAUGUUAAUAUUUCAGAAAAAUUUCCGAAAGUCGAUGCAAGUGUUUCAGGUAAAGAUGUAAGAAUCAGAGUUAUUUGUGACAGACGAGAAAACAUUGUAACAAAGCUAUUUUCGAAGCUUGAAUCUCACCAUCUCUCCAUAGUUUGUAGCAGUGUUCUGCCAUUGGGAAGUUCUGCUCUAAACAUUUCUAUCAUUUGCCAGGUGGAACAUUUCAGCAUGGCAGUAGAUGACUUAGUGAAUAUUUUAAAUGAGGAUUUAUUGAAAUUAUAUAACUUGCAAUAA